AUGGACUUUCUCAAGUCUGCGGUCGCCUCCGCCAUCGCCAAAUCCAGUUCCUUCCCAGUAACCAUCGGCGACAGGAUAGACCUCUCGGAUUCCAUCUGGGCUUUGCAUAAUGGAGUCAAAAAGGAUGACAACUCCCCCUGUUGUCUCUUCACCUUUGACAUCAAUGCGAACAAGGCUCGAUUACCUUUAGCGAAGAAUGCCGCUCGAAGACUGCGGACAUUACGCCAUCCUGGAGUUAUCAAGGUCAUAGAUGUGGUUGAAAAUGAAACACAUAUCUACAUUAUCACCGAAAAGCUCACUCCACUGAACUGGCAUGUGAAGCGCAAGAGUCUCAGCGAAGAGACCAUUAAAUGGGGCUUGUACACAGUGUCCUCGACUCUCAAAUUCAUCAACAAUGACGCUUCCUCUGUUCACGGCUCUGUCCGAGUCUCUUCCGUCUUUACCAGCGAAAGUGGAGAGUGGAAAUUGGGAGGGUUCGAGCUUCUGAGUUCCAUGAAUGAGGACGAUGCAAUAAUAUACACCUACGGAACUCUUGUGCCUGAUUCAAACCGUUACGCCCCUCCAGAAGUGGCAAAUGGCGGCUGGUCUGCCAUCAAGAAGAAUCCUCUGGGUGCGCCGGAUGCCUACGGGCUGGGUAUUCUUAUAUAUGAAGCCUUCAAUGGCUCCUUCGUGGGGAUUGAUCAGCUACCCCAUGCGCGAAGUAUACCCGCAAAUAUGACUCAAUCCUACAAACGACUUGUCAAUGCCAAUCCAAAACUCAGACUUAAUUCAGGCCAGUUUUUGGACCAGGGAAAGAAGGCCGGCGGCUUCUUCGAGACACCCCUCAUCCACAUUACAGAAGGUGCUGAUAGUCUUGGCUUGAAGAACGAGGAGGAACGAGAUGAAUUCCUAGGUGAACUUGACAGUCUUACUGAUGAUUUCCCUGAAGAUUUCUUUAGGCUGAAAAUCUUACCCGAACUGUUGAAGUCGGUUGAAUUUGGAGGUGGUGGGCCAAGUGUCUUUGGUGCCAUCAUGAAAAUCGGCCUCAAGAUGUCUGACGAUGAAUUCGAGUCCAGGCUGGCUCCUCUCGUUAUUCGUCUCUUCAGCAGUCCUGAUCGAGCCAUGCGAGUCUGUCUACUUGACAAUCUGCCAAUCAUGGUGGAUCGAAUCUCUCAAAAAGAUAUUAACGGCAGAGUCUGGCCUCUCAUGACAACAGGUUUCACAGAUACCGCUCCUGUCGUGAGGGAACAGACUGUGAAAGCAGUAUUAUCGGUCAUUUCAAAACUCUCCGACCGUGUGAUCAAUGGAGAGUUGCUUCGCUUCCUUGCCAAAACUGCCAAUGACGAACAAGCGGGGAUUCGGACAAAUACAACCAUCUGCUUAGGAAAAAUUGCUAGGAAUCUUGGUGUUGGCUCAAGAGCCAAGGUCCUGAUGGCUGCAUUUUCCCGCUCCCUCAGAGAUCCUUUUGUUCAUGCCCGUAACGCUGCCUUACUAGCCCUGAGCGCCACCGCGGAUGUCUUCACGGAAGAAGAUUGUGCCACUAAGGUCCUCCCUGUGGUGUGCAUUGCCUUGGUCGACAAGGAAAAGAUGGUUAGAGACCAAGCAACUAAGUGCCUUGAUAUUUAUCUUCAAAGAGUACGGAAGUAUGUCUCAAAUAUGCCCGACACUGCUCUUCCACCAGAACCUGUUUCUGGUGCUCCUGGACCAGCCGCCACUGCUAGGAUGGGAAAUCAAAGUGAUAGCGGUUGGGCCGGGUGGGCCAUAUCAUCUUUCACCAACAAGAUGACCGCAGCAAGGGGUGAUAUGGUACCCUCGACAACAGCAAAUGGUUCCUCGUUGUCACAUACGCAAUCACUCCCGGCAUCUGGUCGCACCACUCCUAUAAUCAGCGUCGCUCAUGAGACAGCCUCUGCAAACCCAUCGCGACCCACCAUCUCACAAACCCCGAGAACUUCCACGUCACAGCUUUCCGAACCGCAGGGCAUGUUUGAAGAUGACACGCUGGAUGCUUGGGGAACUGUCGACGAUGAUGGUGAUAAUUUUUUCGAUGCUUCGUCUGCCACUCCAAAACGUAGUGAAGUUACUCCAGCCCCUGCAGCUGUUGCCUUUGAUGACGGUGGCGAACCGGAUUUUGCAGGCUGGUUGGCAGCACAAUCCAAAUCUAAGACACAGAAAUCGUUACCAAAGGGUUUGUCAAAGCCCCCUGGUACCUCCGCAAGCAAGUUAAAUGUAAGACCAACGGGCCCAGCUAGAAGUGCCUCUGCAGGUCCUCCAAACGCCGCCAGCGCUUUCAAGAGACCGACUGUGCCUGCUUCGAGAACAACGUCUAAUGCAACGGCCAAGAAGGAGGUCAAGAAGGAAUUACCAAAUCCAAAAGAGCCAGACGUCAACGAUGAUGACUGGGGCGAUGCUUGGGAUUGA